AUGGCAAGUGGCAUGAUAACAUUAAUAGCGGAAAAUCAAAGUUUUCUAGUACCUCGUGAUGUACUAACUAAAUCUAGUCUGUAUUUUUAUGCUGCUUUUGAGAGCGGGAUGACUGAAAGCAAAACCAGCCAGUUCAGUUUUCCUAAUUUCACUGCUCACCAGUUAGCUAUGGUUGUUCAGUUUCUGCGACCUGAAUUAAUUAUUCGGGAUGAUGCUUUAAACAACCAUAGCAGUGGAUUAAAUAACUCUUGUCCAGAAACGCUGAAAAUUUUAGAAGCUUUGGAUUUGGCUGAUGCAGCAGAUUACUUUCAAAUGCCCAAACUUAUUCAAACUUUAAAGCCUAGAGCCGAAUCUCUCUGUUUACUUGGGUUAGCUCCAAGUCGUUCUAGCAACUCAUUAGAAUUUUGGCUUUUCAAUCUUCACAAUGGAGCUUAUCAUAACUAUCCCAUACCUGAUAAUUGUCUGCGGGAACUUGAUCUGGACUCCUCUGGUGUUGGUGACAUAGAUCAUCGCAUUUACUUCUGUCCAGUAACGUACGGAUCCGGUUCUUAUCAAAGUAAUUUGUUUGUUAUGUGUUUUGAUCCAAACAAUGCAACAUUAAAUGGCUUUGCUUGGUGUCUGGCUUCUUGUCGUGCCAAACUCAUCCCUCGUUUGCUUCUUUCUCCUACGAACAACAGGAAUGGUACUAUCAAUUCUUUCUGCUUCCGAUCUAGACGAAUCGGUGUAACUACGUUGUCCAGUGGUCUUUACAUGUAUUAUCUUUCUUGUAUACAAGAGGUCGCAUGGUUGUGUGCAUUUCGAUUUGAUCUGAGCACUUGGAACUGGUAUGGAAUAGAACCUUAUUGUUUGUCUAGGAACCAGAAUGGAAUGAUGUUAUUUACACCAAUCGAACAGUUAAAUUCUAUCCCACCUGACGACUGGGUAUACGCUAAUAUUGAGACAGUUUCGUCGAAUAACUCCAGACACCCACGUCACGGGCUUCAUCAAACUUCAGCACUUCGGUCACAGUUCUUUCGAUUUCGUCCGCGACCUGAUGGAGAUGCAUUAUUUGUAGAGAAUCUACCUAAUCCACCUUUCCUCAUCAGAAUGUACCGUUUGCUGGCUAUCAGUUGCUCUCUGCAAGGUAACUUUAGUGAUAAGACUUAUUUGUUUCCUAUGGGGACUUGCUCUCGGGAUUUAGAGGCUACACACUAUUGUUUUGACACGUUUUCCUGCCAAUGGCUUCGAUGGAAACCGGUUCAGACGUCAGAUAUCGAUGAGUUAAAUCCCAUUAGACAACAUCCUUCUGAAGACAUUGAGCUAACGUUUAAUCUAUGUCCUAAAAUUCUUGGUUUUCGUGGUCUUGUUUGUGCUACACACAUUUUGAAUAGAUUGGAUGAAAACAAGUUAUUAUUAUCUCGAGAAACUUACGUUCAGAACCCUGAUGGUGUUAAAUCAAACGAUCAUCCACUUUCCUCAUCCGUAAAUGAUUCAAGCUAUAAUGGAAGCUUAAAUUCUACAAAUAAAAAUAGAUUAACAACAUUGUUGGUUUUAGCUGGUAGACCGGACCAAACUAAACAUGUGACAUCUGGGAUAUGGUUUCAUCACCCUCAAGCUUGUAAUAGUUCGGACGAAACAAUUGCAUUAUUCAAUUCUCAAAAACCAAAUUAUUUUCUACCAACUGCAAUCGCUCAAACCCUGGACAAUACCUUUCCCCAACAGCAGUUGUAUUGGCUAACUGGACACAUAUUGUACAAUCUGUAA